AUGGGACUACGCCCAAAUAUCCGAGUGCUCAGAGACAUGAAAGCUCGGCAGGGCGUUCUCGAUAACGAAGUGACUAGGAGAGCCUAUCUUUUCGUUGCACGUAAUCAAAGUCUCCCUCCCCAAAUUCGUCAUCAAGCCCAAUUGCAGCUCAACACUUUCGGGCGUUACACGCGACCUACAACAGUAAAGAAUAGAUGCUAUGAAAGCGGUAGAGGAAGAGGUAUCAUGAGUGAAUUUGGUCUCUGUAGAUACCAAUUUCGGUUAAAAGCACUUGCAGGACUGUUGAAUGGCGUCAAGAAGGCAUCUUGGUAA